AUGCCGAACGAGCGAACGCCGUUGAAAGAAGCAAGGGACGACGCGGCCGAGCCCACGAGCAGGUGGGCUGAGGGAGCGAAGGUUCAAGAGAAGAUGUCCUGCCAUAGCGUCGAGCGUCCGAAGGCCCUCGCCAGCGCUUGGUACUCAGUCUGCAUCUUGUGGGCUUUGGCGGUGGGGGCGUCGGUGACGGCGCGUAUGCAGUUCAGCACGCGUCUGAGCGCCGUGGGGGAGCAGGUCAGGAUCAAUGACGAGAAGCUGCAGGCCAAUUUGCAGCAGGCAGCCGACUUCAAGAACGCAUCGCCGCGCGAUGGUCGCAAAAAGCAGCAGGUCAAGACCACGCCGGGGAAGUUGCCCAUGCUCAAGUUCGAGCCCCAGGCUCUCGCCGAAGGCAGCGGCGAAGCAGGCGCCGCUUCAGCUGCAGCCAUGGGCAAGGGCAAGGGUCCCGCGCCGGCGAACUCGGCCAGGCUGAGCGCAAUCGCCGGCGGCCGCUCCAGUGGGGCAGGCCUGGCGCUCGCGCAGACGCCCGCAGGUGAGCCGUCGGAGUUUGCCGCGGGAUCAGACGCGGCCGCCAUCGUGGACAACGCGGACGGCACUGGAACCCUUGGCGGCGAGCCGUUGACGUGCACCUACUCUCCAGAGGCGGGCGGCUCCGCCGUGCCGUGUGGCGACGGGAUGUCCUUCGAGACGGACCUGUGCGCGGACAAGGGGAGGUGCUCCGAGGCCGCGCAGCUCCCCUGCGGGCUGGAGCUCGCCGUGGACUACCCGGGCGGGCUGGUGCUCGGCGUGAGCGGCGAUCGCAACCCAGCGGCGGCGGGGACCGUCAGGACGCGCCACUGCGGCCCGCCCCGCUUGCUUCCGUCCACGGCCUCGCCGGCGGGGAGCGAGCUGCCCCUGACUUGGUCGGAGCCGGUGGACAUGUCGGACGCGUCCGCAAGGCUGUGGCUCUGCGAGCUGGACACCCUCGAGCAGAAGUGCCACAUCAAGGGCGAGCCCAUCGGCGACGUGGUGGAGCAGGGGGAGGACCCCUCGAAGUGGACGCUGCGCCUGCCGGAGGGCGCGCGCCCCGCGUGCGGGCGCCUCGAGGUGCUGCUCGAGGCCGAGGCCGCGCGGUCGCGGGCGAACCCCGUGAGCAGCCAGAAGACGAGGACCGAGUUCGCCACGCAGGGCGACUGCCCCCAGUUUCUCGACCCGAUGGAGACAGGCUGUUGGCUCCUGUGGGACCUUGCCUACCGCUUCAUGGGCACCAGGGGCCCCACUGGCGGUUCGGACAACGUGCACUUUCGCAAAGACCUGGACGACAUCGGCGUCAUCUACACGGUGAAGAGCAGGGCCGAGGAGCUCUGGGACCGCUUGGAGGCGAAGACCUACAUGCCUUGGUGCCUCAUUAUCCCUGGCCUCAAGGAGGAUCCCGCGGAGGGUCGUGAGAGGGCCUUCUUCGACUACGUCGGCAUGGGCGGGCAGCUGUACGUGAUCGGCGGCAGGGUGAACGUCGAUUUCCUGCACAGCGUCUUUGACAUCGAGAUGUCGCUGGCCUUUUCGGGGAAUCGCCAGAUUCUGGAGAGUGACAGCCUGAACAGCACUCUCCGCGGAUCUGGAUGGUUUCAGGAACUCCCGACGCUGAACCAGAUGGCCUGUGUUAGCUUCCCAGCCAUGCAGGGCACCAGAUUCGGCGAGGGCGUCGUCGUGCAUGGCAUCUACUCCGGCAGAGAGGAGGUGUCCGACACGGAGCAGCUCAACGGCUAUUGUUUGUUCGAGGUGAUGGCCAGUCAGGGCGUCGCAGAGUACCUCGCCUUCGACUGGCACGUGGACGACGACUCCGCGCGAAAGAAGUGGGCCACCACCCUCGCGCUGCUGCUCGAGGGCAACCGCGCGCGGCGGCCCCGCGGCGCCCGGCGGCUCGGCGAGGCCGUGCCCCCGGCCGCGGCCCCGGGGCCCGGCGGCCGCGGGCGCUACCCGCUGGUCGCCGCGGAGGACCUCCCGCGCUUCUCGAGGAGGCUGGCUGCGGCGGGGCGGCCCAGGAGGCUCGCCGGCGCGGGGUGCCCGCAGGCGGAGGGCGAGGGGCGGGACUUCGAGCUCACGGUGGCGCUGAGGUGCUCGCCGGAGCAGGACGGCACCGAGUACCUCGACGCCGGCACAG